AAUUGUUCUCGUUAUAUUGCAUACAAAUAGACGCAAGCGUUGGUGGAAAAUCUCAAACCAAACCAAAGUCACGCGUCACGCGACCAAACACGAGAGUAAAAACUCGUUUGACUUGAACUUGAAACUGUUCACGAUAUCUUGUAAACACGAAAACAUCGCCGACAAUAACUCAUGCCGACGAUUCACUCCCCGAGACAAAACAUUUAAGAUAUUAACAUUUGGCGGUUUAGAUAACUCCUCUCACGUUGUUUGAGGUUUGGCGAGGGCUCCGGGCGCCUCGCGGUAACCUUACGUCAUUCGUCACACCGCCACCACGCAGGGUCAUUCCGACCUAGGCAUUCGAGCAUUUCCCACGUUGUUAUGCAAAAAAAACAUUACUAAAGAAGAUUACAAAUUUAUACUACACCGGCAGAAUCUGCGAUAAAGAAAGAAUAGCCUCGCGACCUCUACAUCAGGCUUGAGUUUGUGUUAUACAAAUACCUGUAUGUACUUAUGAAGUGAAGAGUGAGCAGCAUCAAGGAUGACCCAAGGAGUAAUGUCGGGCGCGGGGUGCGCGUGCCAGCCGGUGGAGGCGGUGACGGCGGAGACCUUCGCGCGGUCGUGGAGCGGCGUGUCGGCGCUGGCGUGGCGGGUGCCGCUGCUGGCCUGGGCGCUGCUGGUGGUCGCCUGGUCCGGAGCCUCCUUCUGGGGUCCGCCCGAGAUGUGGUUCCUCUACAUGACGCACUGGGGCCUGCUCUUCAUACUGCUAGAGAUGGUGUUCGGUGUGAUAGUGGCUGCUGUGAAGACUCCGGAAAAGAAUCCUGAUGAGGAGAGCGGGCUGCCGUGGUACGUGCGCGUGUACUGGCUGCUCUACAACAUCACCAUCCCCGUCGCCUUCCUCAUCACCAUCUUCUACUGGUGCAUCCUCAAACCUGCCAGCAAAAACACGCACGUGAACUACGCUCCAAACCCCGUGCUGGACGUGAUGCUGCACGGGGUGAACUCCGUGGCCAUGCUGGUGGAGCUGGCGCUCUCGCGGCACCCCUCGCGCCUGCUGGACGUGGUGCAGCCCUGGGUCUUCGCCAGCGUCUACAUGUUCUUCACGCUCAUCUACUUCUUCGCUGGGGGGCUUGAUCCUUGGGGCAACGCGUUCAUCUACCCGGUGGUGGACUGGUCCAAGCCGGAGCAGACGGCGGUGGUGAUCACGCUGACGGGGCUGUUCCUCACGCUCAUGCACCUGGCCACCAUCGGGCUGGCGAGCCUACGCGACCGCAUCAUCCGCCGCUGCAGCAGGGACUCCGCCGGCGUCUACAACGAGGGGUUCACGGCUUGAAACCAAAGACAUACCUAAUAAGCGGUUUCCAUUAGCUGUCACCGGCAAAUGUGUAUGAAACCGGGCCAGCGCCGGCGCUGGUAAGUGAAAAAGCGAGCCAUACAUACUUAUAUUUUCAUACACUUUUGCGCACCGGUGCCGGCUAAUGGUAAAAGGCCAAAUAGCUUUGGGCUAUGGGACUGAUCGUCGCUUCAAAUCAAUUCAAAUGUCGCCUGAUAAUCCGUUCCUUUAUACAUAUGUGACACUAGCAUGCGAAAUUCCUACGACUAGCUAUUUAGGUACUUGGAGUCAAAGUGCGCCAAGGCAAAUCGGAUUUAAACCUUGAUUCUAAAUUUUAAUGUAGAUAAACUCGGAAAACUCCUUUCCACGAUCUUGGUAAAACUUGUUGAUAGCUAUUUUAUGAAGGUUUUAUAUCUAGUAAUUAUAGACCACAGUUUCAAGUCUAUAUACCUAGACACUAACCUUAUUACGUUUAGUCUCACUUUGAAAUUAGACGACUGAAUUAAUAUCUGACUGAUCGCAGGUAUUUUAUAUCUCGUUGUUUAGAGUGUUUAACAUAAGUUUAUUUACUUAUAGUUAUAAACAUAUCAUUACCCGUUUUGUUCUUAUCUUAUCUUAGCCUUAGCUCGUCUAGUCGUUUCCGUGUGACGUGCUAGGAAUGUCUAAAUGUGCCCCAAUGUGAUAUUAGAUAAGUUUAGAAAUGGUCAUAAUAUUAUUAAAAUAAUUUGACCAUAUGGCGUGAAUGAGAUAAGUAAGUAUUCGCAGAGCAUCCCAUGGGCAUGGCCUGGGCACAAUGAGUAAAGGUAUCCUAGAUAAUUUAGGAUGCCUAAA